AGCCUAUAAAUUAAAAUAUGCAUGGUAUUCCAUCAAUCGCCAUCAUCAUCUCAAAUGGUGAGGGAUUUGCUAGAUGAUCAAAUAGUCGCAAGCUUAGAGCAUGAAGUGUUUUAUUGGGAAACCCUUACAUCAACCUCAAAAAAAGACAGGAUUACAAGAACAGCUUGUACUUCUUUCAGAGAUAUCCUAGCACAGAUUGCUAGUGAUUUCAGUAUUAUUGAUGGCCUGCCAAUAAACGAUGUUGAAGAAUUGCUAGAGAAAGCCCAUAACAUACUGGAUGACUUAUGGCGACACGAACCACCUUACCCAAAAGACAGAAUUAAGCAUAUUAUGGAUAUUAUAGCUGCCGAUGUUGGAAAAUUUACUAUUGUACAUUUAAAGAAAUACGAUGUCUGGAGCUCAGACUUUAACGAAGUAGCAGAUCUUCUCCUGCAACACAUUUCUUUGGGCGAAAAGUGGUUGAAUACAUGCAAGCAACUAACGGAAAUAUUUUGGCCAAAUUAUGGGGUAAAUCCUUGGAAAGAAGAAAUAUACCAACCUAAAGAGUUGAUAGAGUUUGUGGAAUUACUUAAAAAGAUUUUAAAAGUAAGAACUCUUCACAAACAACUUGUACGUCUUUUAACACCACAAGAGCAAGAUGAAUUGAAGACUAAACACAUGUUUCAACCAUUCAUCGAUAUCGACAUCUUUUAUUACGGUGAGGACGUCCAACAUUCUUUAUUAAAAGCCCAAAAGCAAUUUGAAUAUCUAAUACAACCAGCAGAACGACGUGUUGCGAUAAAACUGAAGAAGCAGUUGUCAUCAAUGAAUGCGAACACACGACAGCUUAUUUACGAAUACUCCCGUUAUUCCGAGCUGAUAAGUCGACCCGUUUUGAAACAGGAACUGUUAUCUGAAAGACAGCAUUUAUUGACAUCUAUGUACGACUAUAUUAAACAAAUUCAGACUCAGUCAACUUCGGAAAAUACAAUUUCUACUAGACAUGGAACACCUGAGGUUAUAAAAGACAUAAUAAUGAUUAGACAAUUGGAAGCAAAGGCGAGCGAAAUCAAAAACGUCUCGCAAAAGUUGCUGGAAGAUUUGCAAGGCUUCCAAAACUUGAACCAAAUUGUUCUGGAACUUAUUAAAGAAUUGAAGGACCAGCACAAUGAACUAUUUGAAGCAUGGAGCAGUGAAAUAAUAUCCUUCAUUAACGACAAUACAUUAAGCUUGAGAGAAUCGGAUCCCGUGGUACAAUUUUCAAAACAAAAAUUAAUGAAAGUAAACUAUUCCCCGCGACUAGUAACGCUAAUAUCUGAGGUAAGGCAACUUAAGGCCAUGGGAUAUCACAUACCGAGUGUUAUAGAACAAACUAGUGACCAUGCAAAAAAAUUCAUGAAGUAUGCUCGACUCCUGGAACAGAUAGCAAAUUUUCAUAAUACUAUUGGCGACAGAAUGAUUACUUCCCAAAAACCAAUGAUGUUGGCCAGCGCAUUAGAGUUGUCAAAACACGUGCAAGACCAAGAAGUGGUGUCUUGGGGCCAAGAAAAGUCAGUUGAAAUAUAUGUGGAGUCUUUAAAAAGAGCGGUGGAGAAAUUGUCUAAAGAAAACAAUCUGCUCACAACAUAUCACCUGCAAAUUAUGGAAAAGAUUAGAGAUUUAGCAGACGUCGAUCUCAUCAAAGAUUAUAGCAAAUGGAAGGACAAUGUAAAAUAUAUACGAAACAUCAUGACACAAGUAGAAGAUAAGGGUUUUAAAAACGUGCACACUUGGAAGAACGAUCUGGAUAAGAAAUUAGCAGAGGUCUUAGAAAAGCAAUACAUCGAAAGUUUAGAUACCCUUCACUUAUAUUUGCCGGAGAUCCACAUUGACUUGGUUUAUAGAAGUUCAAAGUUGGAGUACCUCCCAAACGAGGAAACUUUAAGAAAAUUAUACGACCAACAGCUUAAGAAGUUUUUAAAUAUACCCAAGAACUUCAGAGGUGUUUCUGACGUGCCUGAGAAUAACAUAUUUGAAGGAAUCAUAGAAAGAAACUCUACUAUUUUGGAUAACGCCUCUAAACAUACCGAAAAUCUAUUUGAACAGCUUCAAGCUGUCAUGAAACACUGGCAGUCGUGGUUGCAAUUAGAAGCUCUAGACACCAACAAAUUAACAACUUGGCAGCAUUGGGAUUUACAUUUUAGAGCAUCGAAAACAUUCGGACAAGAAAUAGCGAAGUUGCCAAGUACCGAAGAAAGAGUUGGAUGCUUUCUAAUUGGCUUGUCCAGAUUACGUUCUGAUCUUGAAUCUCAUAACAGAAGUUACUGGGACCAGUUAGUUUUUUCUCUUAAAGACUCUAUAGCACAAGACAUCGUGAAAUUGCAAAAUUAUGUAGACCCCUCUACUGCAGCUUUAACCAGACAACCAGUUACCAUGGAAGAAGUGGGAGAAUCUGGAAUCACCCAUGCGAAUAUACUGAAACAAGCACCUGAGAUGGAAGAAACUUUUAAUGAAAUGGUUAAGAAGUCGCAGAUUCUGGCAAGUUGGUCAAGAGAACAGGUCGAUGCAGUUAAUAGACUGAAAGGUGCCUGGGAACGUCUCCAAAGCUUACUUGAGAACCACCAACAUAUUAUUGCGAAACAAAUGGAGACGAUCAAAACCACACUCAAUAUCGAAAAGGAAAAUCUAGUUAAAGAAAUAGAACGAUUCUCUGCCAAAUGGGAGCAAGUUAAACCAAGACCCCAUUCUGGUGAAAUUAUCGACAGCAGCAUGAUCAAUCUUCAUAAUCAGUUGCUUGAAAUCAAGGAAAAAAGGAAUGAGUGGUCGGCAAUUAUCGAGAAAAAGAAUAAAUUAAUAUCGGAUUACAAUAAAUUCAGCAUAGAUGCUCCAAACUUAGAUGUAAUUGAGGAAAUUGAAGCAGAUGUUAUUAAAGAGGAACAAUCUUGGGUGAUUUUUGAGCAGUUCUAUACAGCACUGGAAGAGUCUACUAAUGAGUUCUGGAUAGUGUUCAGGAAAAAGUUAUAUAUUUUUGACGAUUUCCUAAAAUCGUGGCACAAAAAACUAAAUGAAAUGGAAAUCAGUCCUUUGGUAACGAGAAUUCUGCAUGAAAUUCAUAAAUAUCAGGGUAUUGCACCGUUAUUAAAAUAUGUUAGAGGUGAAGAUUUCUCCGAAAAACAUUGGUUGGACACUUUUAACCUUCUGGGAAUGGAAGUCAAGCCAGUUGAUCAGUUAGUUUUGAAAGAUUUUCUUGCAGUUUCAGACAAAAUAGAGAGUGCUACAAAGGAUUUGCAGACGAUUUCUAAGAAAGCAGCAAGUGAAAUCGUGGUAAGACAAGCUUUAGCAGAAUUAGAUCAAUGGGACGUACAGGCAAGGUUUGUCCUGAAUCCGCAUAAAGACUCGCGCGACAAAGAUAUUCUCUUGGUAAAGGACUUCAAAGAAGUUUUAAAUAAGAUUGGAGAUAAUCAGAGUCUAUUGCAAUCGGUAAAGAACUCAGCAGAUUACGAAUCUUUUGCCGAAAAGGCAAACAUAUGGGAAAAUAAAUUAGGCGACUUGGAUCAUUAUCUUACUUCACUAGCGCAAGUUCAAAGAAAAUGGGUAUAUUUGGAACCAAUUUUUGGUAGCGGUACGCUGUCUCAAGAGAAGAGCAGAUUCGACAGAAUAGACAGGGACUUCCGUCACAUUUUAAACUUCGUAGAAAAAGACCUACGCGUUGCUGCUCUUUGUAGAUAUCCUAAUCUAAGGUCACUUUUGGAGAGUUUGCUUGACCAGUUGUCGAGAUGUCAAAAUAGCUUGGAUAACUUUUUAAAGGAAAAACGGGAAAAGUUUCCACGUUUCCUCUUCCUGAGUGACGAUGAUUUGUUGGAAGUGAUUGGUCAGUCCUCUAAGGAACAAGUAAUACAAUCGCAUAUGAAAAAGAUAUUCGCUGGGAUACACAGUGUUCGCUUGGAUCAAAAUGGCCACAACAUCAUAGCUAUGUGCUCCCUACAAGGGGAAGUGGUGGAAUUGGUAAAUUACGUGGCUAUACAAAAACCAGUGGAGGAAUGGUUGAAUUCGCUGGUAAAGGAGAUGCAAGUAACGUUGAAAGAGUUACUUGUGAACUGUCAACGUGAAAAGCAGGCACCAGAUCCACUGAAAUAUCCGUCCCAAAUACUUUGUUUAUCAGACAGCAUUACAUUUACUACGAAAUGUGAACAAGCGAUAUCCAGUAUGACGAUACCACCAAUGUUAGCCAAAUAUAAGGCUCAACUAAAUCAUUACAGCUCUUUGGAAAUCAAUGGAAGUGGAGACGGUCCAGAAAACAGUGAUAACACUCUGGAAUUAAAACUUAAAGCCCUCUUGCUAGACACUAUCCAUCAUAUUAACGUUCUUGAGGAACUUCUUGAGAAUAACGUUACGAAAGUAUCCGAUUGGGUGUGGCAAAAACAACUAAGAUAUUAUACCAACUCUACAGGCGAGGUGACCAUCAAAAUGGCUAAUGCUAGGAUGGAAUAUUCUUAUGAAUAUCUUGGAAACGCACCUAAAUUAGUUAGGACUCCAUUGACUGACAGAUGCUUCCUCGUUUUAACACAGGGUAUUUAUUUGGGUAUGGGGGGAAAUCCUUAUGGUCCUGCUGGUACCGGAAAAACUGAAUCGGUUAAAGCACUUGGAGGUCUUCUCGGGAGGCAAGUUUUGGUUUUUAAUUGUGACGAGGGCAUAGAUGCAGCUUCAAUGGGUAGAAUUCUCACAGGUAUAGUAAGAAGUGGUGCAUGGGGUUGUUUUGAUGAAUUUAAUCGCUUGGAUGAGGCUACUUUAUCAGCUGUUUCCAUGCUUAUUCACCCCAUUCAGGUCUCUUUAAGGACAAAUAAGAACAAUGUGGUCCUUUUAGACCAAGAGGUGACAGUUAACAAACACUGUGGUAUAUUUGUCACCCUUAACCCCGCUGGAGGCGGUUAUGGGGGUCGCAACAAAUUACCUGAUAAUCUGAAACAACUAUUUAGGCCAGUUGUAAUGACACAUCCGGAUCAUGAGCAGAUAGCAAGAUCGCUAUUUCAUUGCGAUGGGUACCAAAAUGCUGAUUUGUUGGCGAAGAAGUUGAUUGAAGUAUUUGACUUAUCGAGCAAACUAUUGAGUAAACAGCAGCACUACGACUGGGGCUUACGAUCAAUUAGGACAAUCCUGAGCGGAUGCGGAAGAGCUCUGAAAAAAUUUAAAAUUAAUAGUGAAUAUACGCCUGGUGGUAUGGAUUUAAAUAAGGAAGCAGGGAUAGUAAUACAAGUUUUGAGAAUGGACACUUUGUCUAAAUUAACUUUCGCCGACGGCGUCAAGUUUGACUCGAUAAUAAGGGAUGUGUUUAAAAAUGUGAAACUAGAAUUAAUACACAACGAUUUACUCUUGGAUUCUAUAGGAAAAAGUUUUGAAGAUCUCGGGUUAAUAAAGAAUGAAAGGCAGAUUAAUAAAUGUUUGGAAUUUUAUGAACAACUCCAACAGAGAAUGGGAGUAGCCAUUGUGGGACCACCCAGUUCAGGAAAAUCAACAGUAAGAAACUUAAUGUUCCAUGCUUUGACAAAAAUAAAUAAAACGAUGAAAUCAUACGCAUUUAAUCCUAAAAGUAUGACGAGAUAUCAACUUCUGGGGAAAACAGACCCAGACACGAACCAGUGGAAUGACGGUGUCUUGACGAAUUGUAGUUUACAAGUAGCUGCAGAGAGUUCAGAUGUAUGGUCGUGGAUAGUUUGCGAUGGUGAUGUGGAUCCUGAUUGGGUCGAGUCAUUGAAUUCCGUCCUAGAUGACAACCGUCUUCUAUCUCUCCCUUCUGGAUGGCGGAUUCAGUUUGGGCCCAAUGUGAAUUUCGUAUUCGAAACUCACGAUUUGAGUUACGCUUCACCAGCGACUAUAUCAAGAAUGGGCAUAAUAUUUCUUAGUGAGGAAGACCUGGAUUUGAACACUUACAUCACCAACUUCGUACAAAAGUUGCGAGAAGAACAAAGUUCUGUUCUUGAACCACUUAUUAGUGACUACUUCAAGAAAGCUCUCAACUGGGUUAUGAAUGAUGGGGAGUUGACAAUUCCGUCCUCCAAAGUUUCUGUUGCAAAAACGGGAUUAUCGCAACUCAAUGAAGUCGAUAGUAAGGCACAUUUUUGUGUCGGUCUUAUCAAUGGUCUUGGACAACAGUUACAAUACGACUUUAGAGAAAUCUUUGCCCAACAAGUAUAUGAAUGGACAGGCGAAGUUUCUCCGCCGCUGGUAUUGAAAUCUCGAUUCAACAAAGAAAGAUGUCUUAUCGAAUCUUACUACACAAAUCCGAACACUAUAAUUGAAAACAUUUCUGAAGGUUUGCCACUAGUUGAAACCGGACAAAUUUCUCAAUAUCUUGACAGUUUGAGAAUAUGGUUAACAGAAAACAACCAGCAACAUUUCCUCUUAGUUGGCCCUCAUGGUUCAGCAAAAACGUUGAUACUGAAGCAGUUAAUAAACGAAAGAAGUGACGUGGAAUGUGUGACUAUUCAUUGCAGUACCAAUUUGAUGCCAAUUUUUGUGAUCGGUAAAUUAGCUGAGCAUUGUAUAGCUGUAAACACUCAUAGAGGUAAAAUAUUUAAACCAAAAAAAGGAUAUUUGACACUUCACUUCAAAAAUCUUGAUCUCCUGAAAUGUGAUAAAUGGGGAACCAAUAUUCUCAUUGAAUUUUUAAAUCAGCUAGUGAAGUACAAGGGCUUCUACGAUGCCGGUGUUGAGUUUAUUGGGAUUGAGAAUAUAACCAUCGUGGGGUCGCUUGCAACUUCACGUAACUUGUCGAAAAGGUUUACUUCAAAUAUGCACGUGUUUAAUAUAAAUACACCGGAACACGAUGAUUUUUCCACCAUAAUUUCCGCUUACUUGUCAGCAAUUUUAAGGGAAUGCUUCACAAAUCAAACUUGGCCUAAGGCAAAAGUUGUCAAACUUACUGCCUCGAUGAUUUCAAUUUUUGAUAAGGUAAGAAACCAAUUUACUCCCACCAAAAGGAAGCAUUACAAUUUCAGCCCGCAUGACCUAACGAACUGGUGUAAGGGCCUGCUGAGAUAUCAAAAUAACGAAAAUAUAGAGCUUGAAGCUUUCAUAAUAGAGGUUGUAGCAUAUGAAGCCGUAAAUAUUUUCGGGGACAAACUAGCAGACGAUCAUGACCGGAAGCGCCUUUACGAAAUAAUAAACGAGACCUUACAAAGCCAAUGGAGUGGGGCCAAAUGUGUAAGAAAAUUGGUGGAGAAUUAUUAUUUUGUUCCUACUGAUGCAAGCUCAACUAGACUCAAAUCGUGCAAGUUGACGAAACUAACCACCGAGGAAUGGAGGUCCAUGGUACAAUUGGGAAUCUCGCAAUACGAAAGAGAAGGGCAAGUUAUAGAUAUCAUAAUCAACGACGAAUUACUACACUUGACAGCUAGUAUCUCUAAAACACUCAGUUGCCCACGAGGCAAUAUUUUAUUAGUUGGAAAAUCUGGUGUAGGUCGGAAAAGUGCUAUUAAGAUCGUAUCAGCCUUGCAGUCUGCUAAGUUGAUAACUCCAGAAAACGAUGAACAGCAGUUCAAUAAUGACCUAAAAGCUGCAAUCCAGUAUGCUGGUUUAGAUGGGGAAAAUGUAUACAUUCUGCUUGAAGAUCAUCAUUUGGCAAAAGAACAAAAUUUAAACAAGAUCAAUUUGUUAAUUUCAUCCGGAGAAAUUCCUGGUCUUUAUUCCUCUGCAGAACUGGAAUCUUUAAUAAAAAUUCUGAAGGAUGAAUAUGACAGGGAGGACUUUGAUGGAACUUUACUCCAAUAUUUUUCAGAACGAAUAAAGAAGCAGCUUCAUGUUACCAUAUGCCUUGACGUGAGGAAUGAAAAUCUUUCGAAUAUCAUAGAAACUUGUCCGUCAUUAAGCCAAAACAGCAGUAUAUUAUGGAAACCAGAUUGGUCAAUAAAUACAAUUGCAGAAAUACCGAAAAUGUUAUUGGAAAGGUCAAACAAUGAAGACCAAUGGAAAACAAAGUGUAGCGGUUACUUUUCAAAAAUAUAUCAAAACUUUAAAACGGACGUAUCUACACCUUCCAGAUUUAUUUCAAUGAUUCGGUUGUAUGAAUCCAUAUACGAUGAGAAACUAGCAGCCAUCGAAAAAAAUAGAGAUAAACUAAAGGCUGGGGUAAUGAAACUUACAGAGGCCGAAAAUCUAGUGAAGGAAUUGAAGCAAAAUGCAACGGUACAACAGAACAAAUUGGAAGAGAAACAGUCCAAAGCUAAUUCCGCUUUAGACAUGAUAAGCAACACUAUGAGAAAUGCUAACUCCCACAAGGAAGAAAUGGAGAGCUUGAAAAGCAAAACAGAAUCGGAGAAUAUUCAGCUUAUCAGGAGGAAAAGGGAAAUAGAGGAAGAGUUAUCCCAAGUCGAACCACUGAUCCAAGAAGCCCGUUCGGCUGUCGGAAAUAUAAAGGCUGAAUCCCUUUCCGAAAUCAGGUCUCUCCGAGCGCCGCCCGAUGUUAUUAGAGACAUUCUGGAAGGUGUAUUGCGACUAAUGGGGAUACAGGACACUUCCUGGAACAGUAUGAAAACGUUUUUAGCAAAGAGAGGUGUAAAAGAAGACAUUAGGUCUUUUGACGCGAGCAGAAUUUUAACUGAGAACCGCCAAGCGGUCGAAAAGCUUAUGUCAGUAAAGAGCGAAUCUUUCGAUGCAAGAGCAGCGAAAAGAGCGUCUGUCGCUGCUGCUCCUUUGGCAGCCUGGGUGGCGGCCAACGUGAAAUAUUCGCAAGUUGUGGACAAAAUCAGGCCGCUGGAAAGGGAACAAAAUAAACUGAAACAGAAUCUGACGGAUGCUGAAACACAACUAGGGGAACUCAGUGCCGGUCUGUUGAAUGUAGACGCGACGGUUGCAAAGCUGAAAGAACAGCUGUCUUCUUAUACAAAAGAGGCGGCGGAAAUUGAGAUAGGCUUGAAUAAGGCUCAGGAGACGCUAGCGGCUGCAGAAGGUUUGGUCUCUAAAUUGACUGAUGAGUACAAGAGGUGGCAAGAUCAGGUAAAAGAACUUUCUAAGGAAAUAGAAAAAUUACCUAAUAAUUGUUUGAUGGCUUCGGCAUUUAUUUCGUUUCUGUCAAAUGAAUCAGAAGACAAAAGAAUAGAAGUUAUGGAUCUGUGGUCUAAAGAAAUUGGUCUUGAACAGAUGAAUAUAGAAUCAUUUCUUUCAACAGAAAGAGAGCAACUCCAGUGGCUAGGAGAAGGUCUAUCCUCAGAUAAAUUGUCCAUACAAAAUGCAAUAAUGAUUUUAAAGGCAGAUAUGGUGCCUUUGUUAAUAGACCCUACAUCGUCUGCCACUGAAUGGAUAAAACAACAUUUAAAACAUAAAAAUAUAGAAUGCGUAACACAAAAUUCACCAAAAUUUAAAAAUAUGCUUGAACUGGCUGUUAGGUUUGGAAAAACUUUCAUUAUUGAAGAAGUAGAUUCAGUCUGCCCAUCACUGCUUCCUAUCUUGAGAAAGGAGUUCGUGCAACAAGGUGAAAGGAAACUGAUAAAACUGAACGGGAAAUUGGUGGAUCACCAUAGUGAAUUUAAAUUGAUUUUAUGUAGUCGGAAUGAACAGGUUAAAUUACCCGCAGACGUUGCUUCUCUAAUAAACCUUCUCAAUUUUACAGUAACUCAUGCAGGUCUUACAGAACAAUUACUAUCCAGAGCAAUUCAACAAGAAAAUCCAGAGUUAGAAAAUAGGAAGAAGCAAUUACUGCGCGAGAAAGAGGAACUAGAAGAAAAACAAAGUAUUUUUCAAAACCAGUUACUCGAAGAUCUGGCGAAUUCACAAGGAGACAUUCUAAAAGAUACGAAAUUAUUGGCUUCGCUGAAUGAAACGAAAGCGAGUUCCGAAGCAAUUAGCGUGGCUUUAAAGGAAUCGUCAGACAUACAAGACAAAUUGCAAGAAGAAUAUAAUGCCUACAGGGACGUAUCACUCUUUGGGAGCUCGUUAUAUUUUGCAUGUAACGAUUUUGCAAAAUGCAAUAUACUUUAUCUUGUCUCAGCGUUGGCAUUUUCAAAAUUGUUUUUAAAGUCUUUACAAACGUUUCAGGGACUUGAAAACAAUUUGGAACUUCAAAAGAAACAUCUACUCGAUAUAGUAUACCAGUACAUAAGUAGAGGAAUCUUCAAAAAUGAUAGACUAAAAUUUUUGCUUCACUUGGUCCACAAACUAUAUCCCAAAGAAAUACCAGAUAUUGAAUGGACUCUAUUUAUGGGAAAUAUUGUAGCAGAUAAAAAUAUUAAUGAAGAUAUCCCCCCUUGGAUUCCUAAACAGUGUGUGUUAAACGUCAAAAACUUACAAUAUGCUCUACCUGACCUCUAUAACAGUUUGCAACUAAAAGAAUUUAACUUGUGGAAAAAUUUUAUGAACUCGAGCACCUGUGAAUCAGAAAUCCCUUCACAUUGUCAUCUUGGUGGUUUCAAAAAGGUGGUGGUUAUACAAGCAUUAAGACCUGAUCGACUCUAUUCUGCAAUAUCUCAUUGCGUUUUGCAAAUAACAGGUUUGAAGACUCUCGAACCUAGUGUUCUUAAUUUGUCUCAGAUAUAUAAAGAAUCGAAUUGUGAGGAACCAGUUUUACUUCUUGCAAUGUCUGGAUCAGAUCCUUCUUCAGAGAUCACUGAUUUAGCUGAGAAUUUGUUUGGAAAAGAUCAAUACAUGGAGGUUGCUAUGGGAGAAGGGCAAGAACCAAAGGCCAUAAAAGCAUUACAGAAAUGUGCAGAUUCUGGGUCAUGGUUAAUACUGAAAAACUUGCAUUUAGUUACUUAUUGGUUGCCAAUUCUAUCACAAAACUUGAAAAAUUUGAAGGCACACGAAAAAUUCAGAUUAUGGCUAAUUUCAGAAGCGACGCCAAAUUUUAGUUUUGUGCUAGCUCAGAAUAGCCUGAAAGUCGUGUACGAAGCACCUCGAGGCUUAAAAAAUAACAUUUUGCGGACGUACUUCACCUACGGAAGUAAAUUUAUUGAAAAAUUAAACCCUAAUGCUGCUAGAAUAUUUUUUGUUAUUUCGUGCGUACACGCUUUGCUUCAGGAAAGAAGAAAAUAUAUUCCUCAAGGUUGGUCUAAAUAUUACGAUUUUAGUGAUACCGACUUUUACACUUGCAUCAGACUUGUUGAAGACCUGUGGAAUACCCAAACCCCGCAAAUUCAGUGGAGGUUUAUAUCUGGCCUGUGCUCAGAUGCUGUCUAUGGUGGCAGAAUAGAAAAUGUUGAUGAUAUGAAAAUAGUGGAGUCCUACACAAACCAAUACUUUAAGGAUGCAGUUCUAAGUCACAGAUGGAAACCAUUUCAUUUUAAUGUAAACUUACCCACAACAGCACAAUUUCAGGAUUACUUAAAUAUUAUAAAACAAUUUCCAACACAAGAUGAACCCUCAAUUUUUGGUUUAGCAGAAAACAUAAACAGGGCAUGGGAAAUUCAAACCUCAUCAAAUAUAACAACCGAUUUAAAAAAUCUUUACCUGUCUAUAAACUUAUCAGCCAAUAACAGCCAAGAAUAUUUACAAAAAGGUUUAAUUCCUUUUAUGAAUCUAUGGAAAAAGAUCAAUCAUGGUCAUGACUUUGUUAGGAUAACGGUACCGUCAAUGGACAAUAGCAAUUCUGCUGUGGAGAUAUUUUUAAAUGAAGAAUUUAAGUAUGGUGUUCUUCUCAUUCAGACCAUACACAAACAGUUUUCAGUUUUAAAUAAAGCUUGUAAAGGUAUUGUGUUACCAUCAGAAAAAGAUUUAAGUGUUGGUCAUUCCCUGUUAAAUUAUGAGACUCCUAACAUAUGGUCAGAUAUUUGGAAUGGCCCAAAGGAACCUAACAAAUACCUAAGUACCAUUAUGAAUAAAGUAAUUCAAUUGGAGAAAUGGAAAAAUGGAAAUAUCAAUGAAUUAUUAAGAAGCCCAUUAAAUUUAUCUUACCUUUUCCAUCCAGAGGCACUAAUAGCUUCUCAUAAGCAAGAUUUUUCGAGGACUGUUGAUAUUUCAAUGGAUCAAUUAACAUUAAAAACAAGUUGGAAGGCUGCAAAUCAGUCUAUAAUCUUAUCAGAACUCUUGGUUGAAGGAGGGCUGUUUGAAAAUGGAAUAUUGAAGCCUUGUUCACCUAAUUCUGAGAACAUAAACAAUGCUCCAAAUUGUUAUUUAAACUGGAUUGACAAGAAACAUUUUCUGGAAGAAGAUAACCAAUGUACAGUGCCUCUUUACACAUCUUCAAAUAGAGAAAAAAAGGUGGUACUACUUCAGGUACCAUGUGAAGUCAAAGACAAAGAGAAGUGGAUUCAAGCAGGACUUGCUUUAUAUCUAGAGUAUUGAGAAAUUUA